AUGAAAUCUAUUGGAAACAAAGAUCAAGGGUUGCCUGGCUUCGUGCUGGAGACAAGAAUACCCGGAACCUCCCCAUCUGCCAUCUCUUCCAUCCUUCAGGGGGUCACCAAGUCUCUUUCCUCUGUUCAAUCUGCUUUCCUUGCUGAGCCCUUUACUGCUGAGGAGAUUAAAACAGCCAUGUUUAGUCUCUCUGGAGACAAAUCCCCCGGCCCUGAUGGCCUAAACUCUUUUUUCUAUCAGAAAAAUUGGGACACUAUCGGUCAUGAUCUCACUCAGGGUCUUCUUCACAUUCUCAAUAGUCAUGCUGAUUUUUCUCAAAUCAAUAACACUAUAUUGGUCCUCAUCCCUAAAAAGAAAAAUCCUAAAAAUGUUCGUGAUUUUCGUCCAAUCAGCCUCUGCAACACUUUGUAUAAGUGCCUCUCUAAGGUUUUGGCUAAUCGACUUAAACUUGUUCUUCACUCUAUUAUUAGUCAUAACCAAAGUGCUUUCCUCUCUGGGAGGCAAAUCACGGAUAACAUUGUCAUUGCCAAUGAACUCAUUCAUGCCAUUCAUUCUAGAAAGCAUGGCAAAGUUGGAUGGGCUGCGAUCAAAUUGGAUAUGGAAAAAGCCUUUGACCGUGUUGAAUGGUCUUUCAUUUCUCAUUUCCUUCACCAUAUUGGUGCCCCUCCUACUUUCACUUCCCUCAUUCAUAAAUGCCUCUCCACUGUCACCUAUCAACUGUCCCUAAAUGGUCAAUUAUCAAAGGUGUUUUCUUCCUCACGAGGCAUUCGUCAAGGUGACCCUUUAUCACCUUAUCUUUUCUUAAUCGUGGCUGAAGGCUUGUCUGCUGCCAUUCGCCUUCAUGAAGAAGCCAACCUUCUCUCAGGUAUUAAAAUUUGCCGCGGGGCUCCUGUUUUUUCCCACCUUCUCUUUGCUGAUGAUAUCAUGGUUUUUGCCCCUGUUUCUACCCAAUCCUCGGAGGCUAUAAAUCACAUUUUGCAUCUUUAUCAUGAAGCCUCUGGUCAAUCUGUUAACAGGGACAAGUCUUCCAUUCUCUUCUCCCCUAACACAUCUUCUGAUUCUCAAACAAAUUUUCGAUCUUCCUUAUUACUUCAGGGUGAAGGUUUCAUUAGUAAAUAUCUUGGGGUUCCUCACUGUAUAGGUAGAGUCAAGAACUCUGUUUUUCACUAUCUUAUCCAAAAAACUUCUUCUAAACUUAGUUCUUGGAAUGAAAAACUUUUUUCCCGUGCUGGCAAAGAAAUUCUUAUUAAAUCAGUCAUCCAAGCAAUCCCUUCUUUUGCCAUGUCCUGUUUCAGACUUCCAAAAUCCACCUGUGCCUCAAUUCAAAGCUUAACAGCUAAAUUCUGGUGGGGCUCCUCUUCGAAUAAACAAAAGAUUCACUGGAAAAAUUGGCCUGCUCUCUCGGCUUCCAAGUUUUUUGGUGGCUUGGGAUUUCGUUCCCUUACUUCACACAAUCAAGCUCUUCUAGCCAAGCAGGCUUGGCGGAUUUGGUCCAACCCUGACUCCCUGUUACACUCUCUGCUUAAGGCGCGGUAUUUUAAACAUUCUGAUCUUCUCCACGCCCCUAAAGGUCAUAACCCGUCUUUUACCUGGAGAAGUCUCCUUUGGGGCACUCAACUUCUCAAUCAGGGCCUUGUUUGGAAAAUCUCCUCUGGUAAUGAUGUACCUCUCUCUGCCCCAAACUGGAUCCCCAACAUUUCACACCCAACUUUACUUCAUCCCAUUGAUCCCUCCUCUUCCACUGUUUCCUUUUUUAUUACUCAUGAUCGCACCUGGGAUAUUGAUAAACUGUACCAUUAUUUCCCAUCUUAUCAGGCUGAGGCUAUCCUUAACAUUCCUUUGGAUAUUGGAUCUUCGGAUACCCUCAUCUGGGGAUCGCAUCACUCUGGCCUUUUCACUGUUAAUUCAGCAUAUCAUUUAGCCCAGUCCAAGGCCCUCAAUUCCUCUCCUUCUACUUCCAACCCCAACCCUUAUAAGGAUUGGUGGAAAACUCUUUGGACCUUGAAAAUCCCUCCCAAAAUUAAACACUUCACUUGGAAAGCUUUCAACCACCUUCUCCCGUGUUCUUUAAACCUGUUCCUUAAACAUGCUAUCCCUUCUCCUACUUGCUCUUUUUGUGGGGUAGAAGCAGAAUCGGUCUCUCAUGCUCUCCUUCACUGUACCAAAGUCAAACGAAUUUGGCAUCAUACCAUCUUUAAGCAGUUUUUUCAAGACCAUUUCAGGCUCGACAUUAAAGAUUUCUAUCUUCUCAGUCUUUCGCUGCUUCCCAAAGACCAUAUUCCCUUGUUUCUUGGUAUAAUCUGGCAAACUUGGAACAUCAGAAAUGCCCACCUCUUUCAAAAACAUUCUCCUCAGGCUAAUGUUCAAGAAACGUUUGCAAGCUUUUUGCAGGAUUACCAGGAAGCCCAAGCUCUCUCCCCUAGCUCUCACCACACUGUCACUCAUUGCUCUGCUGAUUUGGAUCACAUUUUGACCCCCUCUUCUACGGCACUUUUUGUCGAUGCUGCACUUAACACUCAUGCCCCUGCUACUGGUAUUGGAUUGGUUUUUAUGCAGGGUCUCUCUCAUGUUCUUCUGUCUACAAGGAUUUUCAAGCCCGGAGCGUCUUCCCCUCUCUUUGCAGAAGCUCAAGCUCUCUAUGAAGGUUUGAAGUGGUGUGUUGCUUCUAAUUUGCAGCCACGGUUUGUCUUCUCAGAUUGCCUUAACCUCAUUACCAAGGUGAAUGGUAAUUGGCAGGAUAAUUCUUCUUUAUCCUCCCUUGUUCAAAGGAUCAGAACCUUCCUCUCCAGUUACCCUGAAGCAACUUUGAUGCAUGUCCAUCGCCAACACAACGACAAGGCUCAUUCCCUUGCAAGGCUUGCUCUCAGGUUGAGAGAUGAAGACUAG